ACCGGGAUCGGACAGAGCUGGAACGGGCACUGUACAUCCCGACAGUCCCCGAACCUGCGCCGGCUCCCCUGCUCCAGCAACACUCUCUGACCGGUUCGAAACCACCCAGGGCUUCAAAAAAUGCCAUGAAAGCUUUAAAAACGCCAUAAAAGCUUAAACACGCCCCAAGGGGCUUUAAAGCGCCCGUCUCCAUGGCAACCUCGGGGGCGGCACUUCCGGCGUCUCGCGCGGGGCACGGCGGGAGCGGCACGUGGGCACCGGCGGAAACGGACCGGCAACACCGGGAACACCGGGAACACCGGGAGCACCGGGAACACCGGCAACACCGGCUACCACCGGCACCCUGGAGCGCUGGGGCCGCCGGCGGGACCGCCAGCCCCGGCACCGGCUCCCGGCACCACCGGGCACCGCCCGCGCUGGCACCACCGGCCGUCCCCGGGACCGACCCACCGGCACCGCCGGGCACCGGGACCCCCGGGACCUCUGGGACCCCCGGGACCCCCGGGACCCCCGGCUCCGCAGCCUCCGCGACAGCUUCCCUUUGGAAUGGCUUUAGUGAAGCCAAAAGGCUGGAAUUAGAAAGGCAGCUGAUGGAAUACACAAUGGCUGAUCCAUACCUGAUGCAGGUGAAGUCCCUGGAGCUGCAGAAGCACCUGGCAGCAGUAUCCGAGCGGCAGCAGUGGGCGCUGCGGCGGAACCAGUCCUACCGCCGGGAAUUCCGCCGGCUGCAGGAGCACAUGGACACCACAGGUUUGGAGAUGAUCCGCAAGAUGGAAGCAUGGUAUGGAAGGGAAAUUAAAAGCCUGUUAUCCCUUCAAGAGGGCAGCUUGUCAGCAGGAGGUGACAAGGAGGAAGGAUCCAGCGAGCAGAACACUCUGAUGACAACCAGAGCGAUGGGGUUUGUCCCUGGAGGAUGGUGGGAGCCUGCCCUCCAAACCAGGCGAGGACUGAAGGUGCCACAGGCUGGAGGACGGGCAGGAAUUGGCACCGAGGCAGCCGUGCCAAGAGAACGGUUCCAUCCAGCCACAGCCUUCCUGGGCUGCCCCACCCCAGCUGUCUCGGCCCCGGGAGGUUUGGGAACGCAGCAGGAGCCCCCCCAGCCCCCAUUCCCUGAGGGAUGUGGUGCCCAGAGCCGGAGCAGCGCUGCUGGAGAGACCGAGGGGUCCCUGGAGGGAGCACACGGGGACCUGGCUGCCAGCGAGGAAGGCUCUGAGCAGCUCCUCUCCUCAGCUCCUGACCCCACACCAGCCACCCCCGAGGAGGGACAGCUGCAGGGAGGUGUUCCAGGAUCAAAGUCUGUGCUGAGUAACUGGUGGGCUGGCCCGGAGGAGAGCAGUGCAGAGCUCCUGGUGUCCAGCAGUGCCGAGGAGGGGGCGACCCCCGGCACUGCCAGCGUGGAGCAGGAGCCGGACGGGGAUGCCCAGGCUGGGGAGGGCUCCCCACUGCCCCCACUGAGCCCUACCCUGGCACAGCAGGAGCCCUGGGACAGCUCAGCACCACACAGGGACACGGUUGUGCUGCAGAGUCACCUGAGCCACCAUUCCCUGGUCCUGGAGCAGCACCGGGCUCGGGCCCCGGAGGGAGCAGCAGAGAUGUCUGACGACCUGCUGGCUUUGGAGGCACAGGACAGCCAGGCUCUGCCGGUGCUGAGAGAGGCCCUUCCAGGAGAGCGUGGGGAUGGGUCACCUGUCCAGGGUGAAGAGUCGUCCUGCAGUCUGCCAUCGAUCCCGACAGACGGCGGGGAAGGGGAGCAGGCGGAACGCGCUGCCCGGCUCACCGGCACGGGAGAACCAGGUCGGGAUAUGGACAAUGACAGCUCCAAAGCCAGUGACAGCCGGGAGGCACCUCUGGAAACCAGCUCUUCGUCGGAUGGAAUAGUCCUUCCCUUCUCCAGGACCGAGACACGGAAGGAGAAAGUAACUGCCAUAAAAUCCAAAGCGUUCUGGGGCGAAUCCGACGACAGCAGCUCCGAGCUCGAGGCCGCCCUGCGCCCGCAGACCCACAGCGCCCAGUCAGACGACUUCGAUGACUUCUAUGCUUGAGGUUCCCUGCUGGCUUCUGGGGAGAAGCAGAAGCGUUGUUUCAGAGCCCACUCACCCUCACAGUGAGUGUGCUGUGGGCUGAAGCACUGCUCGUCACUUUACGGGCAAAGGAAAUGUAAAUACCAAAUAAACAUCACGGGUCCUA